AUGGGAUCAGCUGAAUCAUAUGUAAAAAAUGAUGUUUAAAUUCCUGAUUGGUCAAGGUACUGUCCUACUUGUGGAAGCACAGGAUAUAUAUAAUCUCGUGAAUUAUGCUCAAAUUGUAAUGGUCAAGGUUAUGUUUUUGAAAAAAAUUACCAAUCUCAUGGAGGAGUAUGCUCAAAUUAUGAAAAUACUAAAUGCUGUAGCUAUUGCCAUGGUAAAGGAGAAUCUAGAGAAAGAGAGCCUUGUAAGGAUUGUUGA